AAUGGACAAAAACCAAAUAAACUGUCUUAUCUGCUUUAACAAAGUUGAAAGUGAGUUAUGUAAUAACCUUUCUUGUCGAUAUGGACAUUUUUUUCAUAUUGCUUGCCUGGAAAAAUUUGCACGUUUUAAACAAAAACGAAAUAAUGAAUUUAUCUGCCCAACAUGUAAUAAAGAGGGCACAAAGGCAAAACAGAAUGUUAAUACAUCGAUAACUGUUGAAGAUACUGACGAUUCUUGCGAUGAAGGUAUGGAUACGGAAACCCUGAAGAAUAACCUUCACGACGACAACUGUAAUGCAACAAAUUUUGAAGAGAAACUUUUGAAAGAGAUAGAGAAAAUACAGGAAGAUAAAAAAAUUGAAUUAAAGAAAUUAGACCACGAAAAGAAAUAUUUAACGGCUGAAAUUAAUAAAAAAGAGGCAAUACUCAAAGAAGAAUUGGAGUCAUUCUAUAAGGAUAAGGAAACUAAAAUACGUAAUUUAAUUGACGAGACUAAAACCUUUCAAAAUAUUCAAGAAGGUAUGACAAGUGCACUCUUUCAGAGUGGUCUCAAUGAUAUGAGAGAGAAAUUAAUCAGUUGUAUUGAUCAUAAUAUAAAGAGAAAAGCUGUAUUUAAUAGGUCACAAUCAGUGUUUAUGGGUGAAAUAUUCUAUCCUCAUUUAGACGAACCAGCUAAACAAUUCUGUAUUCAAUUAGAUAGAAUACCCACAAAAGUUGUAUUUAAGAAUCCAGGCUUUUACGCUCUAGUUCAUAUCGAUGAACCUCAAAGGAGUGAAAUAAUUAAUAUAGAAAUGAAUAAGGUUAUGAUGUCAUCAGAAACUGAUAUUGGCGAUUUAUCUAGAACCUAUGAUGGCAGACUAUCAUUUAUAUCCUUAUGGAAUGAAAUCCCUACAAUUUUCUUCUUAGAUACCUGUGGCAUUGUAAAUGGUUCUAGAGAGGUUUCAUACUUGAAUAAGAACGCUCCAUUACCUUUAUACUUUUAUCUUAAAGAUAAUAUCUGCUACUUUUCAACAAGAAUCUUACAUGUUUAUAAUAAGCAGCAUAAUACCUACCUAUUCUCUUUUAUUCUUAAAGAAGAUGUUAAGAUAUUCGAUUCAAGAAUAAUUGAAGAUGACAUCUAUAUUGUUGAUUCUCGUCAAAAAGUUGUUUAUUUCGAUACAAUUGGUCAAAAGAUGAUUGAAAUUCCUAUUUACUUUAAAGAAGGACCAUUUUCAUUCCAAAAAGAUAUUAUAUCCGAAUUAAAAAAUGGUAGCUUUAUAUUAUCCAGUGGAGAUUUUCUAUUCUUCAUUGAUCCUAUGGCGAAAACUGCAGUAGGUUUUAAAAUGGACAUAAUAUUUCCAGACGGUCUAUUAUUAAACUACUGCAUGACGGAUGAAGAAGUUAUCUUCUGUGUAGCCGAUCACGAUGAUGAGAGUAGACUUAAACUCAAAUACUUUUCUAUAAAACCUAAUUAA